AUGGACGAGGAACGUAGAAAAAAUAUUUUUAAUGGUGAUGCAGAAUGGGCACUUGGGUUCUUGGCAGCGAAGAAGGAUGUCGAUGACAUGUUCUUUUAUAAAUAUCAUGUAGAUAACGAAGGAAGAUUGGCAAGGUUGUUUUGGGCAGAUUCUAAAUCUUGUGCGGACUUCAGUAUAUUUGGAGAUGUAUUAGUGUUUGAUACAACGUACAAAACAAAUAAAUACCACAAGCCACUAGUUGUACUUGCAGGGGUAGAUAACCAUUUGAACAGUACUAUUUUUUGCUGUGCACUGCUAUCAGAUGAGAGGAUUGAAACAUAUGAAUGGGUGCUAAAUACAUUUGUAGAGGCUAUGAAAGGUAGAAAGCCAGUAGCAGUGAUGACAGAUGGGGACAGUGCAAUGCGAAGAGCCAUAAAGAAUCUUCUCCCGGAUGCUUGUCACAGGCUAUGUUCGUGGCACUUGCAUAGAAAUGCACGGAGUAAUAUUCGGUGCGAGGAGUUUAAUAACAGGUUGUAUAACCUGAUGGCGAGAAAGUGUAGCACUCUUGAGUUUGAGAAUCGGUGGGUUAGGUUAGUUAAUGAAUGUGGGGUAGUAGAGAAUGAGUGGGUGAAGAAGUUGUACCGUAGGAAAAGGUUAUGGGCAGAGGCAUAUUUACGCGGUCAUUUUUUCGCAGGUAUGAGAAGUACUCAAAGGUGUGAGAAAAUGAAUGCUCUUUUAAAUGAGUACUUGAAUGAAAAAAUGCGACUAUAUGAAUUCGUUAGAAGUUUUGAUUUGGCAAUAGCAUGGCUUCAACAUACUGAGAGCAAAGCAGUUCACAAAAGCGAAAACACAAAACCAGUCUUAACCACAAUCCUAUCCGAAUUAGAGGGGAGCGCAGCGGAGAUGUUUACAAGGAAUGUGUUCUUCAUGGUGAGGAAGCAUUUGAACAGGCAAGGACUUCUAAUUUCUGAGGGCUGGAGCGAGGAGGGAGGGAGUCGUACAUAUUAUUACUCGAAAUAUGGUGGACACGAAAUAAGUUGGAGGGUGGAUUAUGAUAGGUCAAUGGAGAAACUAAUCUGCUCUUGCAUGAAAUUCGAGUCAAAGGGGAUUCCUUGUGCUCACAUGUUUCGCGUGAUGGUGGUAGAAGGAAUGAACAGGAUCCCAGAAGCAUGCAUUUCGAAGCGGUGGACAAAGGGAGUUUACUGUACUAAUAAUGGAAUGAAAGCAUUUGUUGCAGACGAACAGUUGACACAAAUGGCCUGA